AUGACCGACAACAAAGACAUUGGAUGGAUGUACGAAGGAGCUAAGUCACUCGUAAAUCGCGAGGAUUAUCUCUUGGGAAAAAAGGCUACAAUAGAGCCGAGGAGGGAGCGGGUUCACACUUCGAAACUAUUCGCUCGAUUCUCGCCGGGCGCGAAAACGCUGACCGGCGCUCAAACCCGGGCAGACGCCCAGAUCACUCAAACCGCUGCUGCACAGACGCUGGUAUACGCUCGAAACGCUCACAGCUCUGCUGUAAAGAACGCACUCAAAGCGAGUAGUCGUGAAGUUGAUAAGAACUUUGAGAAGUACUCGGAUGCGGUUAAUGAACAGAAGCCUGAUGCUUUUGAAGCUCUCCUUCAUACACGGACGGUCUCCAAGCCACAGCCUUCAUCAACGAAAACAAGUGCGUUAGAAACCUAUGUCGUUGCAACGGAGGAUCCUCUAGUGGCUGUUAAGCGAAUCUAUUCCAAACUCUGA